CGCCGAUGAGCUCAUAGUUGCGCGGUGAUGUCAGUUUCGCUCUUACCGCGGCGCCUCCCUCGGAAGCUCGCAGCCAGUCGGGUUCCCGACGCUUGUUUACUCGCGCCGCUCCGAGGCGGGCCGAGCCGCUCGAAGCCGUCCCUUCUGCCCUGCGGACUCCGGCGAGGAGAGGCUGGGCUCGUAGGCGUCGCCGCUUAGAGGUCGAACUGGGCUGAGAGCGCUGGCCGGCCGAGGGAGAUGCUGGGCAAGGAUUACAUGUUGGCCAUCAUUCUGGUCAACUGCGACGAUGAUUUGUGGGGAGACCAGAAUCUGGAGGGGGAGACAGGUCUGCCUCCUGGCUGGAGGAAGAUUCGCGAUGCUGCUGGUACUUACUAUUGGCACGUACCCAGCGGUAGCACCCAGUGGCAGCGCCCAACUUGGGAGCCCGGAGAUGCAGAGGACCCGGGCGCGAGGACUGAGGGGAUUUGGGGAUUUCGGCCCCCCAAGGGGAGAUCUUUCUCCAGCCUAGAGAGCUCACUGGACCGAAGCUCUCUGACCUGGUAUGGUGAGGAAUCGUGCACCCAGAAUAUGGAGCCAGGAGCUAAGUGUUUUGCGGUUCGCUCUCUGGGCUGGGUGGAGGUACCUGAAGAGGACCUAGUACCAGGAAAGAGCAGCAUCGCCGUCAAUAACUGCAUUCAGCAGCUGGCUCAAACCCGAAGCCGGACCCAGCCUCCAGAUGGGGCCUGGGGUGAGGGCCAGAAUAUGCUAAUGAUCCUGAAGAAAGAUGCCAUGAGCCUGGUGAACCCCCUGGACCACAGUCUGAUCCACUGUCAGCCUCUGGUGCACAUCCGGGUGUGGGGUGUGGGCAGCUCCAAGGGCCGGUCAAUCCCUCCAUCUGUCCUUGCCAGAGACUUCGCUUUUGUGGCGGGGGACAAAGACAGCUGUAUGCUCAAGUGCCAUGUGUUUCGAUGUGAUGUUCCUGCCAAGGCCAUUGCCAGUGCCCUGCAUGGGCUUUGUGCCCAGAUCUUGUCUGAGCGAAUAGGGGCCAGCGGUGGUUCUUGCUGCUCCCCAGACCCCAUUUCCCCAGAAGACCUACCACGACAAGUGGAACUUUUGGAUGCAGUGAGCCAGACAGCUCAGAAGUAUGAGGCACUCUACAUGGGAACCCUGCCGGUCACCAAAGCCAUGGGCAUGGACGUGCUGAAUGAGGUCAUCAGUACCCUCACCACACGAGGAGAUCGGGAGACCUGGGUCCCCACCAUGUUCAGUGUGUCUGACUCUCUCAUGACUGCACGUCCUAUUCAGGCCGAGGCUGGUUCGGAGGAGGAGCCACUGUGGCAGUGUCCUGUGCGCCUUGUGACCUUUAUUGGUGUUGGCCGUGACCCACACACAUUUGGCCUCAUUGCUGACCUGGGCCGACAGAGCUUCCAGUGUGUAGCCUUCUGGUGCCAGCCCCACGCAGGGAGACUUUCAGAGGCGGUGCAGGCUGCUUGCAUGGUGCAAUACCAGAAGUGUCUUGUGGCCUCUGCAACUCGAGGCAAGGCCUGGGGUGCCCAGGCCCGUGCCCGCCUUCGGCUCAAGCGGACCAGCUCUGUGGACUCUCCAGGAGGUCCCCUGCCCCUCCCUUUGCUCAAAGGAGGGGUUGGGGGUACAGGGGCAGCCCCUCGCAAGCGGGGUGUCUUCUCUUUUCUUGAUGCCUUCCGGCUGAAACCAUCUUUGCUCCAUAUGUCCUAAGUUGAAGAUUGGGGAAGAGACUCGGUGCAUUUCCAGCUCUACCCCUUCAUUCCCCAGGUCCUGUGGCCUCUCAUUCCUUUUAGCCUUCUUUGCCUGUCCCUCAGACCUUUACCUAUCCUCUAUUUAUUGCCCCAUUUAUUUAUUAGACGACUGAAAGGCCCAACAGCACACCUAGACCCAUGGCUUCUUUUCCCCUGGGUCCCUAUGUACCUUGCCCCUGUCCAGCCUUGGACAGUUGGCUCUACCUCAGCAACACUUUAUAGCAAAAUGAGUACAAAUAAAAAACCCUCAGACCUUA